UCUGAAAUUAAAAAUAAUACUGUCAAAACAAACGAUUUUUGAUUUCGAGCCGUUCUUUUAACUCUUUACAAUUUAUUUAGUGAUGACUGUGGUGAAUUAAGAAAAUAUUAAAAGUUAAUUUUAACAGAGAUGAAUCGUUUUCUAAGUAACUUGUUUGCCCGAAGAUUCCAAUGCAACACGAAAAAUAACCUACACACUUCAGGGCAGGAUUUCGCAUGGACCAAAUCUAUUUUGCCUAAAAGUUUUAUUCAAAAUAAUCAAAAAAUAUAUCCUCCUCAAGAAAUAGGGGAAAAUCCAAGACCUGCAUUUAUAUGUCAUCAGAAAACUAACAUUAAAUACAGCCAUGAGAAACUUUGGUAUAUAGCAUGUUUUGUUAGGGGAAUGACAGUCGAUGAAGCUGUAAAACAACUCAGUUUUGUGAAUAAGAAAGGAGCCAGUUUUGUAAAAGAGACAAUACUUGAAGCACAAGACCUUGCUGUCAAACAACAUAAUGUUGAAUUUAAGAGCAAUCUUUGGAUAGCGGAAUCAUUUUCUGGCAAAGGUGUUCAUAUUAAAGGGAUAAGAAGACAUGCAAGAGCCAGAUUAGGUGAAGUUCGUUAUCAGUAUAGUCACUACUUUGUACGCCUAGAAGAAGGAAAACCACCUGAAGACUAUUUUAAAAGGAACCCAUUAACUGCAAAACAGCAAUUGGAGAAUUGGUUGGAAGGAAUGAGGAAGAGAAAAAUUAUCAAUUCUUUUUAGUAAUAUUUUUAAUUUUUAGUAACAAUAGAUACUAGUGACCUGAA